UCUAGAAACAGCAACGCACAAUAGAGAAAAAAAGAAAAUGGGUUGGGUGUGGAAAGACGAACCAAAUGACGCCGUCGAAUCCACUGCUCGCGACGGCGAUCAUUGCUCUACCAGAAAGGUGAUCCAAUCGAAGUGCAAGACCGAAGAAGUCGAGCCCGGAAAGUUCGUUCGAAAGUGCGAGAAAACUGAAGAAGUUCUUAGAGAAUGCUUUGGAAGGCCGGUCGAAGUGCUGCAAUCAACCAAAGAGUAUACUGAAGAUGAUGUCACAGAACAAAUGCUAAAAGGGAGUUUCUCAUCUGGAUCACACGUAGAAGGUUCGUUUGAUUUUCCUGGGCUACGUAGUGACAUGGAGGCAAUUGAACGCCAGUUCUUUGGUGGGAUAAACCGUUUCUUUGAUGCUGCUGAGGAGAUGAAAAAUAAUUUCUUCGACAUAUUCGGAGAUGUUUAUGGCAGAGGAUCUUCAUCAGCACCAUCUAUAAGGCGAGGAUUACCCAUUGAAGAUCACAAACAGAAGGAAGAUUCUCCUAAACCAACUGAAUCUGGGCAUAUUGAUUUGUCGGGUUUAGCUAAAGAUAUUUGAAGUGGUUUCAUAUUUGUUGUCUUCAAAAUUUCUUCAUUAGAAGUAGCAUAAAGAAGUGGAUUUUGAUGUUUUCUUAUGUAGAUAUGGAUUGGUUACAGAGGGAGUUAGCUCUGUAUGCAUUUGCCUCAUUCCCCUUAUAAAUAUGCAUACUUUUGAGCUUUAUCAUCAAUGGAUUAACCAACUCUGUAUUUUCCCUCCA